CAAAAAGUGAAUUCUAUAUUGUGUGUGUAAGACGAAUACGGACGCAAGUUCAUUGAUUCACACUUAGUAUCAGUUUAUUGUUAAAAGAUAUGCGAUAUGUGUCCGUCUUGCCGACAAACAUUUUUUUUUUGAAACCGAUUGCUUAGAGACUAUUGUGUUAUUCGUGCAGGCAGCGAUUGACGACGUAUUAAAUCUUAUCACUAUUUUUAGUUUUUGAUAGGAAAUAGAAUAGGCCUCUUUUUUGCGAUACUGUUGGUCGCAUUCAUUCAUAAUGAUGAUACAAAUUCAACAUAAAACGAUGUACUCUCGUACAACUUGAGCCAAACAUAAUUUUACGAAAACAAAUCAAAGUAGCGUUGAAAUUGAAACACAUUUAAUUGUGCAUUGUUUACACAUCGUCUGAUACAUUAUUGAAUAUAUCUUUCCAUUGGACAUUAUUUCUGGACAUCACCUGUGAUAUGGCCGAUUCGACACCAAAAGAGAAUAAAAAUACAUUGAAGUAUGUUAGUUUAAUAACACUAACGCUGCAAAAUGCAAUAUUGGGCCUGAGUAUGCGAUACGGACGGACACGAGUCAAAUCCGAUGACCUCUUUUACAGCUCGACAGCUGUGGUAAUGUCAGAGUUGACAAAAUUAAUAACAUGCCUGGUGCUUGUGUACUUUGAAGAGGGAAAUGCAUUGAAAUUCGGAAAAGCAUUACGCAAAACGAUCAUCGAAAAUACAAUGGACACUGUGAAAGUGUGUGUGCCAUCAUUAUUGUAUGUGAUACAAAACAAUUUAUUAUACUUAUCCGCUUCACACUUGGACGCGGCCACGUAUCAGGUCAGCUACCAAUUGAAAAUUUUGACUACGGCAAUAUUCGCGGUAAUAAUAUUGCGCAAAAAAUUGCUCGUCACACAAUGGGGAUCGUUAUUAUUUUUGAUAGCCGGUGUGGCAAUGGUUCAAUUAGCGGACGAUAAGAAGGCACCGUCGGCUCACGAAUCGCAUCAAAAUCGUUUUAUUGGUUUUAGUGCCGCGCUUGGUGCAUGCGUUUUAUCCGGUUUUGCUGGGAUUUUCUUUGAAAAAAUGCUGAAAGGUUCUGAUAUUUCGGUGUGGAUGCGAAAUGUACAAAUGAGUUUGCUUAGCAUUCCACUCGGUAUUGGCACAUGCAUGUUAACUGAUUUCCACAAAAUUUUGACAAACGGAUUUUUCCACGGAUACGAUCUAUACGUUGGAUAUUUAGUUGUAUUGCAAGCCGGCGGUGGAUUACUUGUCGCAUUGGUGGUGAAAUAUGCCGAUAACAUCCUUAAGGGUUUCGCUACGUCAUUGUCAAUCAUCAUUUCAUGUGUUGCCUCAAUUUACUUAUUCGAUUUCAAUUUGACCAUUCAAUUUGCAAUUGGUGCCUUUCUUGUAAUCGCUGCAAUAUUUCUAUAUGGAUAUACACCCACAUCACCCAAAUCGAAUAUAAAAACAUCAAAUCGGCAAUUGGAUCAAAUUGAUAUUGAAAGAGAACGGGAAAAGGAUAGAACCGUUGUUGAUAAACUUGUAGACAAAGUCUAAUAUUAGAUCGUACAAAAUAAAAUUAGUGCGGAAGUUGUUUUUAUAAAUUUCGGAUACAAAAAUAUUUUGGUGCGAUUAGAAAAUUUAUAUAAAAUGAGAACACAGAACAAGCGUAGAACUGAAGCCAUUUGUAUUUCAUAUUUAUGAACAUUUUUGAUAUCAUUUUGGAUGUAAUCUUUUUUUCCCAACAUUUUAAAUGUUCAGUUUUAUUUAUCUUAAAAUUAAGAUUUAGAGAAUAAUUUUCUGCCAAUACUUACAUGAGGCAUUUUUUUUCGAAAGGUAAAACAUGUUCAAACAAUUCAUGGUGCUGAUUGUAAAAUUUAUAGCUUUUUUUAAAAAUCACAUUCAGUUUAGUUACUAUGCUCGAAUUUUCAAAGAAAUAAAAUUGAAAUAAUUUUUCUUUUGAAAGUACAUUGAAUUAAUGCGAUCAAAUGCUGUUAUUUUUAGUAUAUUCAGAUAUUGACGUGUUUUGUUUAUUUUAGUUUGUCGUCUGUUUUACGUUUCAAUGUACGUAAUUGAAAAGAAGAAAAUGAUUAAUUGAUAUUCAUCAUUAUCACUUGGCUCGAGUACACAUCGCAACAAAAUUUACCUUAUUUUCUACACCUGUAAUUAUUAUAUACAAACAAAAAAAUAAAUGGAACAUUUUAUAAAACACA